AUGAAUCAGCGGCUGCAUCAACUUUCAGCCUCAUCAGCACUUAAGGAAAGGGAAGUACAAGAACUCAGGAAAAUCAUUGACAGAUUUAGAUGUCAGGCUCUACAGAAUGACUGGCCUCCUACUAUGGAGAAUGGAAAAAAUGGGAGGAACGGGAGAAAGCUUUCACAGUCUCAAGAGUUUGUUAAACCUCACCAUAUACUUGAUUCAGAAAUACUACAACAAGCAGGCAGUCUUUCCAGCCUUGUGAACGGUCCCAAUAUGAUUACUGGUGGUACCAGUGGGACGUAUGGAGAGGUAGGCCGGUACCUUCUCGACUCCUCUGGUCAUGGUUACAUGUUACCCAGUUACAUGCCUAUUCGCGACUCCUUGGAUCGAACCAAUAAGAAGACAGGCUGGUUGCGUUCCUCUAUCAAUCGUGCUUUUCGACGCAGUAAAAGUCGUGAUCCUCCUGAUCGUAUUAAAGUGACAUCCACCUCAUCGCAGGAUACUAACUUCCCCAGUCCGAGCAGGUAG